CCAAAAUGAACCGCUAGAGGUAGAGGCUCACUUUGCACUUGACUUUCUGUUUAUCGUUUUGGUUCGUGCGUUGCUUUCUGAGAACAGUGAGAGUGAAGCCCGAAUUCGAUAGAGGAGGGUGCCCAUAGCUGAAGCAGCAAAAACAUUGGACACGUAGCUGGCCCAGCAAAAUAAAAGCUGUUUUCAGUGGUAUUCUAUCUACUCCCGUUGGUCCGAGCGGUAGACUUCUGCAGCAGUGUCAAUCAAUCUGAGCAGCAUCAGGCUAGGUGAAACUGGGGAUUGGAUGGGAAAUUAGAACACCGAAAUCGAAUUGACCAAAAGGUGAACGAACGGCAAGCAAUUUUUGGUGACAGAAACCAUCAACAACAGCGAUCAAAAUGGACGAGACUGUGAUGUUGAUACUCCUGGUGAUUGUCAUGUUGGUGGGUUCAUAUCUUGCGGGAAAUAUCCCGCUAGUUGUGACGUUAUCAGAGGAGAAACUAAAGAAUGUUUCCAUCUUUGGAGCAGGGCUGCUUGUAGGAACGGCGCUAACAGUUAUUAUACCCGAGGGGAUCCGAUCCCUAUACGAUGAAAGCAAUCUUGAGGCAAAAACGGUGGAAACCUCGGGAGCUCCGGAUCAUAAGCACAGUGCAGAUGAGCAUUCGUCCACAAUCGGUUUAUCACUUGUGCUAGGAUUUGUGUUUAUGAUGUUGGUGGAUCAGGUAUCUUCUCGACGGAAAGAAGGUUCCAAUGAGCGCAAUUUGACUGCCACAAUUGGUUUGGUGGUCCAUGCCGCUGCUGAUGGAGUAGCUCUGGGUGCAGCAGCUACUACUAGUCACUCAGAUGUAGAAAUUAUCGUAUUCCUUGCCAUUAUGUUACACAAAGCUCCAGCUGCUUUCGGUUUGGUCAGUUUUUUGCUGCACGAAGGAAUCGAGCGACAACGGAUACGAAAACAUUUGUUGAUCUUUUCAUUGUCGGCACCGCUUUUGACUUUGCUUACAUUCUUCGGAAUCGGAAGCGAACAGAAGGAAACUCUAGAGUCCCUGAAUGCCACCGGCAUUGCGAUGCUGUUUUCUGCCGGAACGUUCCUAUACGUGGCAACGGUUCAUGUACUACCGGAGCUAACGCAUAACACCGGUCAUGGAGGUCAUCGCAGUGGCAGUCAUACCGAUUAUAAUCUACUAGAGUCGGCUGCCAGUGGUAAGGUUGCGGUCCACGGUGGUGGAAGUGGGCUGAAAAACACAGAAUUGGCUCUGCUCAUCAUGGGGGCCUUGAUGCCGCUGUUCCUCACCGUCGGGCACCAUCACUAGAGCGAGUGAGCGAGAUUCGUCGAGGUCAACGAAAACAUUGCCAAAACUAUUCCCUAUCUAUAGUACGGCCUGGGUGGAAUUAUAGGUAGGACCAAAAUUAGGACGCAAUUCCAUUAUGCAGGCGUUUUCCAAUGCAAAUCAGAACGAAACAUUCGACCUGGAGGCGAGUUAAUUUUUAAACAGGAGAUCGAUGCGGUCUCGAGGUAUGUGAUGCAAUAUUUUUGCUUUUAUUAUAGCUCAAGUUGUGUACGCUCCACACCCAUUUAUUCAUUAUGUUUUUUUUUGUUUUAGCUUCAAAUUGUAAUCGCAAUAAGUCUUAAACGAUACAAUUAUAUUAUUAUGAAACGAUUGCACUAGAUAGAAGUUCUUCUUAUUUAUCUAUUUCUACAUUUGAAGAUUUAAAUAGAUAUUCAUUUUUUGUUGUAUAAUGCAAAAACUAUCAUAAUCGAACAUAAAAAAUUCCAGGUUUCAUUAUUCUUUUAGCAUCUGUCUAGUGUUAUCGUACCACUAAUUGUAAUUGUCUAGCAAUAUAGAAAAAAAUGUUUUCUAAUCUGCAAAUACAAACAUUAUUCUUCUGCUAGACGGAACAAAGAUUGCGGAACUGAUAGCAGAAGUAACCAGAAGCUAAUAAAUUUUAUCAUACAAACUAAACACACGCGCUCGAGGGCGUCCUUUGUUUCAAGCGGAUCUUGAUUCAUAGUACCUAGACCUUCAGAACUUUCACUCAAAACUUUCCUCAUUUCGGAAAAAAUGCCGUCUACUUACCUGCUCAUCAGAUCAGACGUAAUGAUAGGCACCUCGUAACGCGCGAUGUAAAUAGACGAACGUGACAAUGACUUUACGCCGACACGUACACAGGUUGAUAACUAUUACUGUUUACCCUUAGAUUUAAGUGACGAACGAAGAUGCAACUAAAGACCAACGGAACAAAAUACUACCUAAUAGAAGGACAUUGCUCGAUGUGUAUUUUUCGCUUCUCCCCCCAACUAGUUGUAACAAAUGCUAUUUGUUUGUUGUAGACUGGUACCUAUAUGUGUAGACUGAGCGAAUGCGUUCAAAUUAUGUAAUGUAAUAAAAAAAAUGUGAAAAUACACAACAUUGUUGAUAAGUAAAUCAAA